GUACUUCUUAGUACUGCAGGCCUCGUGUGUUGACUACGGCGGGCGCAGCCACGGCGAAGCGUUUGGACGUGGGCCAUUGUGACCCUAACGACGUCCACGAGCACAAGUGACGACCGGCUGGUUGACAUCGGGCCCGCCAGAUGCUCCAUCUCACCCGAACCUUCACUGGAUGCCCUGCUGGGCCCCUCAAGCACCUUGUGUUGCCCCAUGCGACUCUCAUUGUGUACCCCUCUGCUGACGCCAUCAUCAUUCUCAAUGCGAGCAGUCUUGCGUUGGUCCGUGUACUCGCGCUGAAGGAAGUUUUUCCCGGCACUCAACGAACUGUCUCAUGCUUCGCAGUGGAUCCAGCCCUAAAAGUUAUCGUAGUGUCUACAGGCACACGGAUCGCCGCCUGGUCGCUGUCCGGCGUACAAAGCAAUACCUUUCGCGUGCACUCAUCUUUAAUUCUCCCUGAUGAUGACCCAGUGACAGCUUUGGACUGUAGAGCAGGUUUGCUCGCUAUAGGAAGCCAGAAGGGCCUAUCGGUCUUCACGUUGAUCCUCGAAAACGAUCUAUUGACUUGGACCGCAAAAUGGUUCACAGGUGCCGUUACGCCGCGUUCAGUCGCAUUCUCGCCCACACUCGCAUAUAUUGCUACUACGACCUUUGAUGCUACUCAAGUCAGGGUAUAUUCCACUACGUCUGGGGUGGAGAGUCAAGUAAUCCCACAUCCCCGCCCAGUGUCGGACGUGAUGUGGCGGCAUUCUUCCACCUCGCGAGGUGACGACCCCGUCCUAUUCACUAUUACAUCUGAUUCAGUGCUCCGCAUAUUUUUACCGGUAGUCGAUUCUCCCCGUCGCCUCCAAUUGCACCUUGCCAUCGACACAUUGACAUCUUUGACACCCUCCAACACCUUGGGAGUCCCAAGUUACUCAACAUCGAAAAUUAUGUGGUUAGACAAAGAGAUUAUUGGCCCUGUAGUCAAAACUCUGUUAGAAGGUUCACCAGCUGCCACUCGAAGCAUCGAAUUGGAGAAGUUGCGGGAAGUCGAUGAAGAAAAGUCAGACCUGUUCAUUAGAGUCCUCGACGAUGGAUCGUUAGUGUUGAGUGCUGUCGCCAAUAUCGAUCGCAAGCCGCCUACGCUUCUCCGUCACUUCAUGAUCUCUCGUUCUCCUCCUGGAACGAUCUAUCCACUGCCAUCAAACAUCUAUAUUUUGCCUCGUGCGGAGCUGACCAUGCUUACACUCGUGACUUCUCCACCAUUACGCACAUUUGAAGUGCCAGCGUCGAGCUUGCUUAGUGGUCGGGCUGAUAGCUUUCAGCUUUGUGCCGCUGGACCUGACAAGCUGCCACUGCAAGACAGUAAAAUUACGCAUUUCGUCAGAACUCCUGCGGGACGGGGCGUUGGUGUUGUGCGUGCAAAUGGAGGGGAGACGUGGAUGGUGACAGACAGCGGGGCAAAUUUGUCCCAGGUUGAUUCUUGGUCCACUGCAGAUUAUGUCGUAGUUCUGGACGGUGGGAAGUUGAUAGCGACGUAUUCCACGGACGACAGCAAAUUGUUGCUGCACUCGAGUCCUCCAUCCGUACUUACCGUUCCACGUAUUUCUGCUCUUUUCUCGACUCCGUCGCAGUCAAAGCACGAAUCCAUCGUCGGUGUGACGGAUGAGAUGUCCAUUCUGCACAUUCACAUAAGUACUACCCCCUGUCCAACACUAGUUUUACAUUCGUGCGGUGCUCUCCCUCUUCCAAAAAGACCAAAGCUAAUACUUCCGGUCGAUCCAAUGGCAUGGAGUCGGGCUACCAUUUCGAAUUACGAUCAUUUGCUCAGCAUUUCGGAUGAUGGUGAACUGCGCUUCUGGAUCCUAGAGCACAGCAAGAACUCAGGAUGGCGGUGCACCGGAAAAGUCAGGACCGGAAGAAGGAAGUUCACAAAUGCAAGGUGUAGCUCUGCUAAGAAGUCCGUACUAGUCACAAGGGAUGCAGAAGGACAGGAACUGACCAUCUGGGACUCGAAUGAAUCUGAGUUCGCAUCUGGUCUUGAGCAUAGGCGGAUUUUCAGCGCUGCUGAGCCUAUCCACGAGUUGGAUUGGACGUCGACCCCUGACAAUCAAUCUAUUCUUGCGGUUGGGUUUACACAUCAUGUGGAACUGCUGUGCCAGCAACGCAAGACAUAUUUUGACGAUGACCCAGCCUGGGUCAUAUACUGCAAAGUUGAAAUCGGAAAUUUCGUUCCUUACCCCAUCAGUGACUCCAUUUGGCUUGCCAACGGUAGUUUCCUGAUAGGAGCCGGCCAUCAGAUGUUUCUAUUUUCGCAAACUUCUUCCCUGGCAAGAGAUACCUCCUCGUGUAGUCUGUUCGAGAGUGUUGCCCGUAGUAAUGGUCCUCUUGAUGAUUAUCAUCCGCAGAUGCUACUACAGUGCCUGCUUUGGGGAAAAAUAUUGCUUGUGAAACAAACUAUAGUUAGGAUGGCACAAAUCUUUAGAGGCUCAAAUGAAUUCCGUUGGAAACCAUUACCGAUCGAAGAAUACUACGGGGAAGAAUGGACCACACGCCGUCCGGCAAAACCAUAUGACUUUUUGCUUGGUUCAACGGAUCAGGGAGAGCUUGCAGAAGACCAAAGGUUUUCUCGCGCAUUGGUAGAAUCACUAAUUGAGCGACUGGAAACCCAUCCGCUUUCCCAUCUCACUCCAAACGAGCAUGCUCAUCUUAUAGUUCUCAUUCAAACUACUCUCGAGAUCGAUGAACAACGCCGUGCGUUAGAUGCAAACGGGUUCCGUUAUGUGCUGUCGAUGCGGUCAUUUUACAUUCUGAACCGUAGGAUUGCUUCUGAUCCUAAUAGCCCCCAGUCGAGUGGCGACAUCGCGCGGAAGACUGGCUGGAGAGAUCGCCUUCGUUAUCGAGACAUGAUUUGGGCCUUCCACAGUGAGAGCCAAGAUAUCCUUCUUAAUGCAUCUGUCGCAGCGUGCAAUGGGAAGAUGUUAUGGUCUGAUGCAAGGGCACUUGGCGUAUUCAUAUGGCUCAAUUCGGUUGAUGUAAUGGUGCAUAGCCCGCGUUUAUUGUCUCGGGGGACUCAUGCAAUAUCCUUUUCCCAGAGAUCCCACAUGGAAACGAUUGCUCGAAAUGAAUACAUGUCUGGCGACCUUCGGGAUCCUGCUGCAUGCUCGCUUUUCUACUUCGCCCUGGGAAAGUUCAAGCUCGUGCAUGGGUUGUGGCGUCAAGCUGUGUGGCACAAGGAGCAAGCAAUAAUGCUCAAGUUUCUGUCGAACGACUUCACAAAACCUCGCUGGAAAACUGCAGCGCUGAAAAAUGCUUACGUUUUACUCAGCAAACAGCGUUUUGAAUACGCAGCCGCCUUUUUUCUUCUUGGAGGCAGUUUGAAAGACGCUGUCAGUGUCUGCAUUAAACAGCUCUCUGACUUCCAGCUUGCCAUUGCUCUGGCCCGUGUGGUGGAACAGGGUAACGAUGGUCCAGUAUUCCAGGGCAUUCUCAAGAAUACUGUUCUCCCUAUGGCGGUCGAAGGUGGGAACAAAUGGUUGUGUAGUUGGGCUUUUUGGAUGUUACACCGAAGGGAUUUAUCAGUUAGGGUACUUCUGACCCCGCUGCAAGACAUCGUCGAUGCAUUCGGCAUCAACGUGAAAGAUGUCGGAGAACCGUAUUUCGACGAUCCAAGUCUUGCUCUGUUGUUCUCUCAACUACGCUCCAAGUCAUUGCAAACAGCCACAGGAACCAGUGAAAUUUCUGGAAAAUCCGAGUUUAACUUCGUCCUUCAAGUUGCUAGAGUCUUCUGUCGUAUGGGUUGUCACGCAUUGGCGCUCGAUUUAGUUCGAUCAUGGUCGUUCGAGCGACCAACAGCAGUUUCGACGGUCGACUUGAAGUUACCACCAAGCCCACAACUAUCACGCAGGUCGCUUACCACGGAUCCUUUCCUGCUGAGGAGGAGAUCGUCUAUUGUGAUCGACAUGGAUGUCGAUUCCCGCACCCCGUCAGGGCAAACCACCCCGAAGCCACCAGCUAUAGUUAGAGAGGAUGAGCCCGAUCGUCUUGCACGGAAAGCUGGGUUGGGAAGCUUGAUAAAGUCUGCGAAGCAUGACACCCAAGUACCCGAGUUCGACAUCAACGCUUUUUUUUAACCGAUGAAUGGAAAUGACGCUUAACGAUCGUACAACUGCGUGAUGGGAUCCAUCCACAGAAACCUAAGAGACGACGUGGUCGAGUAUAAUAACCUCCGUACUCUACUCCUGCUGCUCUGCUUCUUCUGGAUUACGCUGCUUUAGGACGAGAUCCUUGCCUGUUACACGCCCCCAGACAUCUUUAACAUCGUCAACGACGGUCUCGAAGUGCGACGUUGCGUCAUAAGAACGA